CCCAGACGCAUCGUCCUCAAAUGCCCCGAGCGACACUACAAGAUGCAGAGGGAGAUGAUGGAAUCCUUCUUCGCAUCCCAAGGCCUCGACCUCGAAAUCUUAGCCAAGGAUGUUUACGUACAUAUAUUGUUUGAACCGUCGUCGCCCUCCCAUCUGUUCUUUGUGCUCGACGUGCACUGCAAGACAAUACCGGACGUCGAACUCAGUGAGCUAGGGCUUGAAGUCUGGCAGGUUUCUAAACAGGUGCCGUUCACGUUCAGGGAUCUUGGAGACGUAGGUCGUCAGCAGGCUCGACCGCGAUCUAUGGAUACACGCUGGGGCACGGACUAA